AUGUCUUCAUCCUAUGCUGCCAUCAUUAAGAUUGAAAAUCUGCUCCCUAUUACAAUCAAACACGACUCUAGUCAAGAUGUCUUCAAGAAUGGCUGCUCAUUAACCAAGGGUAUUAUCCCCAAGACAGUUGCGGCCGGUUCUACUGCAGAUGAGUUUACUGUGCAGUCCUCCCAAAGGUAUUUUUGCUGCUAUCCUAAUGCCUGCGACUUUGAACUAAAUCAAGAGAAUACAUUAGCCGAUCCAGCAAAGCAGGUCUCUGGCACCAUCGUGUUCACAUGCAAUGUUGGUGGCGACAAUGUGAUUGAGGGCGCUGAAGUGAUUAUGCUCUUCAAAUUUAUAUGCGGCCCAAAAUCCCCUGGUUCUCAGGAGACCGAAUCCGCGGCAUGGGUCGAAUUCCCAAGUUUUGAGCGGCUCUCCGCCAAAGUCACUCCAUUCUCUGCUUCUGAUAAACCAAUUCAAGUCACCUUUUCUGUUGACCAGCCGCUCUCGCUUUCUGGACGCGGCAAAAGAGGACUGUUUAAUAGCACGACGAGGGUUGAAAACAACAGCGAUCAGGUUGUGUACUGUGUGCUGAACCCUGCGGCAAAUGGGGUUGGCACUGCAGCACUGGCUAUCACCGGCGCAUGCCUAGCGUUAACAGGCUUCCCUCCUGUUGGAUUGCUCAUGACAACAAGUACGGCGUGGGUGCUCGGUGUAAUCGGCACCUUUGUUGCGACUGCUGGACUUUUUGACACGUUCAAUGCGCCAAAAGAAUAUCCUGCACGACAUUUAUUUCCUUAUGAUAAAAUGUCCGCGACAUCUUCAGGGUAUAGCAUCGGGGCUCAGAAUAAUUUAUUUGCGCUCACCGUAGCAACAAGGGGUAACGCUGCUCUAACAUGCAGCAGCGCAUCAUUUGAGGGAUUGGGGAAUGAAAAGUUGACACUGAAGAACGAAACGACAUUCAAAGAGCUCUUUUCCGUUAAAUUGCCAAAGAAAUCUGCCCUUCAUUCCUAUCGGGUUUUGAAAGUUAAACUGAAACCUCACGAGAAAUACAGCACAAUCGACCCUCCGAGCGGCAAGACCCCCGAUCAGUAUGUCUCUUAUUCGAAAUGGGAAGUUGACACAACAGACACAAAGUACUACAACACGGUCUACAUAGACAAAAGCCUUGAAAGCGAUUACACUGCGCUUUUUGAUCCCGCGCCCGAUGAUUACGCUCUCAUGGUUACUCAAGGGGCUGAUAAGAAGACUCCAGCAAAUAUUGGAAAUGUUGGAGACUACAAAAUUGUAGCUUUGGCGAAUGGCGAUAUCAUCCUGGAGCUCCUUAACUGCAAGGUUUUUGGAACACGGUUUCGCCAGAAACCAGUUCAGAAACUGCAUUAUGAUCACAUAAUUCACUCCUGGGAAGCGGAUCGCAAUAUCUUUGCGAUGGACUGGGAAGUUGGGCAGCUGAGGGAAUGGCAAAGCGCUUCUGACACUCAAAUCAAGCGCAACUACAAGAAAGGGGCGCCAGGACCGAGCGUCUAUAUCUAUGUCCCACACUCGAAUGUGCGGAUACAACAAGGUCUCGUCGAGCAGGACUAG